AUGGUCCCGGACGUCAUCAGCAGCUUCCCAGACCGGGAGGAACUGCAGGAGGCCGUGCUGGCCUCCUCGAAUGUCUGGCUGGUCGUGAGCUUCCUUCCCUGGCGCUGGCUGCCGGGCGCGGGAGCGGCGGGAGCCCUCUGCAGUGACGGGGUUAACCCUUUUUCGCUCUUCUGCUUCUACGACUAUGCGCGCCAGCUGUGGAGCAGGGACUGCCAGACGACGGCUCCGAGCCACCUGCACCAUGGGCAUGGACAGAUCAACUUGUGGGUCUUUUGGGCUUCAGGGGGAGACAGGAUUUUUUUUUGGUCCUGCGAUGGAGUGAUGAAGGCUGUGGGAUCCAAGUGUCGAUGGAGGUUCCUAGGUAGCUUUGCCGACACCCAAUCUAAAGCGGCUUCCGCAAGGCACGGCGGGAUCCUGGACCGUAUCUAUCCGAUCUGGAACUGCACUGUGAUGAAGGCAUUGCUCUGCCCCAAAGAUCGCCACAUCUGGGUAAGCCCAACUGUCGGUGGCCGGCUGGACGUCAAGAACCUCCUGAGGUUUUCGGACUGGUUCAUUGGCCACCAGUGGCAGGAAGGCUACAGUCAUGCAAAAGACUUGGAUGCCGCCGGCUACUGGGCGGAGUUAGCGAGACGACCAGGUCUUUGA